AUGGCCGCGAGCUUACCACCUGCGGCUCCUUCCCCUGACGGGGUGGGGAGCUGUGGCUCGGAGCCUGCGGCCCGCGCCUAUUCUGACGUGUACUGGGUGGGGGUGGGCCAGGAUGACAAGUACUCAGUUGCCACCCUCACCCCCAUAUUAGGCUGUCAACGGGUCAUGGAGGCUGAGAGGGACCCUGGAGUCCGGGAUGAACGUAUCAACCCAUCCCUCAGCCGGGCCACGUGUAGCUUCGUCGCCGGAGGGGCCCGGCUGCAGACUGCGGUGGGCAACUCAGUAGGUACAGCCAAGGCGGACAUCAGACUCCUUGCCUUAAAGACCCGCCUCAUGGACUUACUCAGAGGGUACGGGUGCACGUUCCCUACAGGGGUACCCUGGGCAGUCCCGCUUCGAGCGGACAUCCCCGCGGAGGUGGCUCUGAGGGAUGUGCUUGAUAAUUGGCAAUAUACCUAUACGGUCAUUACCCCAAGGGCGCUCGACUUCUAUAUCAGAGCAGGGAGACAGGGAGAGAUCGACGGGGCGUGCUUGGUCCUUACAUGA